GACGAGCUUUCAUUACCGGGUUAUCUGGUACCGUUGUCGUACACGUGUGUGGGGAUUCAAAGCAAGGCCUGCGCUUGUUUUCUCUCACUUGUUGCCACACAGAAUGCACAAACGCGACAUUGAGGCUACUCAAUCAAAGUCAGUAAAGAAUAAAAAACAAAUUGAAAUAAUUGUUACCGACACUCAGAGAAAAGAAUUUAGUGAGAAACAUAAAUCUGAAGGGAAGAAAAAGAAAAAGCAUAAAGUGAAAACUCUUCUAAGUGAGGCAAAUGAAUCGGAACUAGCUUCGUACCCUGAAGCGUGCAGUGAUAUGAAGUCAGUUAAGAAGAAGAAAAGCAAAUCUAAAAGGGCGAGAACUAUAGAAGAAGAUAAAGGAUCCAAGAAUGAAAAAAAAUUGACAAAGGAAGAGAAUCCACCAGAAGGAGAAGUUCAGGAGGAUGUAUAUGGUGGUUUAAAAAAGAAAAAGAAAAAGAAAAAAAAGUGUAAACCAGAUGAUGAUUCUGACCCACAGAACAUUACUGAAGAGAGUAAUAGAAAAACAUGUGAGGAUGAAGCAGGCAGAGUUCAGAAUGAAGCCAAACAUGUUAAGAGUGUGAGCAAAGAUGGUGUCAGACAUGUCAAUGUGGAAGAAGGCUUAGCUAAAGGUAUCAAAACAUCAGAUGGUACUGCAGAUGAAAUGACAGAAGAACCUUGUGUUGCUGAUGCCAAAAGUAUGAAGAAAAAGAAGAAGCGAUCUCAUAUGGAGAAUAUUGAAACACAUGAAACUGAAAAAUCACCAAAGAAACAAAAAAAAGACAAACAUUCUGGUGAACUCGAAACUGGGUAUGACCAAUUCAGCCAAGCAGAUGUAAGAAAGCAAAAACAUAAUCAAAUGGUAGACAACCAUAACAAUGAGACAGACAAAAAAUUCACAAAAAAGAAGAAGAAAGAAAAGCUACAUUCCAAAAGGCAUCUAUUGGAACCUGAAGAGUCACACAAUGAACAUUCAUCACUGGAAAAUGAGAGGAAAAAUUUGGAAGAAAUUGAAAAUGUCACUGAAUGUAGUACAAAGUCUAAAAAGAAGAAAAGGAAAAGAUCCAUUACUGCUGAAGGAGAAGAAAUUGAAAAAAAUGAUAAAGAAAUAAAUAAAUGUGACAAAACUAGUAAUAUUUGCAAAUCCCAACACUCCCCUUCAAAGAGGACAAAAGAGGACAAGCAGGAAGCAGCAUUAGAUGUUCCUAAGGAAUCUAUAAAAAAUAAAAAGAAAAUUAAAAAGGGAAAGAAAGACGCCCCACCUGGGACCCAAGCUUUUAAAGUAAAAACAGAGCAGUGCGACAGUGAUGAUUUGCAGAUUAUAUCUGAAAGAAAAGGAAGUUUAUUUGAAGUGACAAUAGACAAGGCUAGACGGAAGGCUUUGCAGGAAGAAAUUGAUCGAGAAUCUGGUAAAACAGAUACUCCUGAACCAAGAGCUUCUUUUGAAACUAAACCAUUAUGCACCGGUACCCAAUGGGACACAGCCACGUUUGAAAGUGUGGAUCAGAAAAAUAAAUUCUUGAGACUUAUGGGUGGCCUUAAAUCUUCUAAUCAAACUCAAUCAACUGGACAUGUUUAUGGAAAACCAAACAUGGCAUUUAACAAGCAAGAAGAAAAAAAACAUAAUAGUAUUCUGCAAAGGGAAUUUGAUAAAGCAUUGAACCUUCGUCAAAAUCGAGGAAUUGGCCUGGGCUUCCAAGCUUCUCCUGAUCAUGCUAAAACAAAAACAUUUUUUAUAGAUAAGCACGCCACCAACUCAAAGAAGUUUGACUUAGACUAAAGGUAUCAGUGCAGGUUUGUUUCAAAACAUAAAGUAUUGUAUAGUUAAUUCAUUUUGGAAGAAUAUGUUGCUCUCCUUCAGGGUUGUUUUCCUGUACAGUAAGGAGUACUUUGUUGUAUUACAGUAUUGAGUUCAGUUCUUUGCCUUGUCCAACCCAAAUCUAUUUAACUGUAGUUCGAUCUGAUUCAGUUUGGCAUAGAUUUCUUUUCCAUAUUUGCUUUUACAAUUAAAGCUAGGCUAGUUUAGUUUCUCAACAUGAAUAUUUUAUCUGGACAUUAAUCAUAAAGCAUAAAUGCAGCCUAAUUUAAUGUAGUUUAUGAUUUAUUACAAAUUUUGUAGCCUGCAUAAAAAUGACAGUAUGUCAUUGUAAUGAAAAGAAAGCAAAAUCAAUAAUGGAAUUAAUGAGUAUUUUGCAGUAGAUAAAUAUUCAGUCCAAAUAGUUUAUGACAUCAACCUGUAUAUGAGCAUCAGAAUUUGAGUUCUUAAUUAAUUAAAAGUAAACUUGUAUAAUAAUUUCCCAAACUAGUCUUUUCUAGUCAAUUAUUCUAAAAAAAAAACCCAGGAAAGGGAUUCAGCCCUGUUUCACUCACAUUUUUGCAGUAAGUGGCUGCUCAAUGCAACCAAACUAGCAGUGUUAAAUUGUGUGCAUAAAGGAUUCCUGAAUUAUGUAUGAUGCAGUAUUGGUUUGGACAACACUAUUGGAGGCUGUCUGUUUGAGAAUCCCUCUCAGAUCUUCAUUAUUGACUGCAGUCUCCUCAACUGUGAUUCUUGCUCCAAUAUUUAAAGAAACCACUUGGAGUCACUAAUAAGUUUUUAACUGUUAACUUGCUUAAUGUGUAGACAAGAACAGUAGCAGUGCCUCAAUAAUAAUGUCAGCCCACACUCAGUAACCAUUUCUUCAGCCCCAUCACCACUCACCUAUUCUCUUUUGUUCUUUGAUAUUUGAAUAAUCAGUUGGUAUUUUGCAGUUCAGCUGAAUAUGGCUGAUAAGACCAAAGCCCAUUAUAAUACUCACUGGAAAGUGUGCUGAACAUUUUAAAUACCUCUGGCUUAAGUACAACCGUGAAAAUACUAUGACUUAAUUUUUGGCUUUGCUUGGACCAUAUAUUUCUAGACUUCAUUAAAGCCUUGGUUCAAACUUGGAUAAAAGAGCUGAAUUUCCAAGAUCAGAUGAGUGUUCUUGACAGCAUUUGACUGACUAUGGCAUUCAAGAAGCUCUUUUUAAAGACAUUUGAAUUUUGAGAUAAACUCCAUUUGUUGGAGUUUUUCCUACACAGAUGAAGAUUCUCAAGGAGAUUAAUCAUCCUGGCCCAGGAUAUUGCUGUAUGAGUUCUUCAGAGCAGGAUCAUAAUCCAGGCAAUCUUCCUCUGCUUCAUAUAGACUUUACUAUCAUUUGAAGAAUGAAGGGGGAAUCUCAUUGGAAAGGAAGGGAGAAGAUACCAGAAUAAGAAGGUGGAAGGAUGGGAUGGAGUAUAAGCAGAGAGGUGAUAGGGGAAGGUAGGUGGGGG